CAAAGUGACAUUUCAACUUUCAAGGUCGAUGCUUUGCGCAUGUUUGAAAAUUAUUCGAUUUUAAUCUAUUAGAAUAAACCGAGACACAAUUACACAAUACACAGUUCUAAACUUGUUUCAUGCUAAGUGUGUUGUCUCGGUCGCUUGCGUCCAUUAGAAAAAAUAUGCUACCUGAAGUAGUAUUUGUAUUGGGAGCUCCUGGAGCCGGUAAAGGAACUCAAUGUUCUCUUAUAUCAGAAGAAUUUGACUUUGUUCACCUUUCAGCAGGUGAUCUAUUGCGAGAAGAACGACAGAGGCCUGGAUCUGAGUAUGGUGAGAUGAUAGAGGAAAAAAUUCGCAAUGGUGAAAUAGUUCCGGUUGAGGUUACGUGUUCAUUGAUACACAAAGCUAUGGAAAAAUCAGAUAAAAAUCGAUUUCUUAUCGACGGAUUUCCUCGAAACAAAGAUAACUUAGAUGGUUGGCAACGUGUAAUGUCCGACAAGACUAAGCUUCUGUUUGUUUUAUUUUUCGAAUGUUCCCGGGAAUUAUGCACCAGUAGAUGUUUGGGUCGCGGAGCAGCAGGCAGUGGCAGGUCUGACGACAAUCUGGAGAGUCUUCAGAAAAGGUUCAAUACCUAUAUGAAUGAUACAUUGCCUAUAAUCAAUCAUUAUGACAAGCUGGGUAUGGUACGGAGAGUGAAUGCUGAAUCAGCCCCAUCUGAGGUCUUUGAGCAUGUGAAGAAAUGUUUCACUAAUCUAGAUGUCCAAAGUUAAUUAGAGUACUCCUUGUAGCUAAAUGUGUGUGUGUAAUGUGUAUGUGUAGAUUGUAUUGCUUGUGAUAGGUAAAACAUUUGAUCAAAGAUAUUAUAUUAUAUAUAAGUUAUUCCAGUUCUUGCAAUAGCACUUAAUAAUAUAAAUAAUAGUUAAUUGUGGUGUAAAAUGUUGCUAGAUAUCAUAUAAUAAGUAACCUUCAUUUUAAUAGCAUUGUCAUGGAAUUAACUAAGGUCAAGACAAUUUAUUUAAAAUUGCUAUAUAAUUUUUUGCUUGAAAGCAAGUUUGUCAUUGAAUUAAGUAAUUUAUAUAGUUGGGUUUUGAAUGAAUAAUAAAUGAAGAUUUAUGAAUUUGUCAUUGUUAAUAAACUUGUGAGGGAUUCAAUUUUUUCUCAUGGCAACUAACUAUUGCAUUAACAUAGUUAUCUAAUAAAUAACACAGCAUGUUUUAUGUUAUUAGCGUUUGAAUAUCACUUGAUAAUAGUGAGAAAAGCUAGUGGGACAGGCCACUUUUCAUCUUUUUUAUUAAACAAAGAUAGAAGAAAGAAGGUUAAUAUUUACAAUUUUUCAUGUAGCAUAAUAAUAAAGCAAGAAUCAAUUAAUAAUUCCAAUAGUGAAUCAUUAUUAUUAUUAAUUUAUCUGUAUGAUAUGUAAAUAAAAGUUCAUGUUAUUGUGCUGGAGUGUUA